GUUUAACACGUCUCUUGGUGGCCACGUGUUGCAAGGCUACUGGGUGAUGAAAUAUAGCGGAUGAAAAAAAAUUUUGCUCUCUCAUUGUUCUGUGUUUUUGGUCGACCAACCUAAAAAACUCCGCCGAAUCGCCUCGCCGACCAACCUCACGACAGCAGCUAUACUCGCCGGUUCCGAUCAAAACGACGUUUGCUGGAGGAAGAUUGGGACUCUGUUCGAACGAGGAGGUUUGUUGUUGUUGCGAGUGACGUGGGUCUCUUGUGACAAAGGAAAGUUUCCAGCACACUUGACGAACAGAUUUUGUGAUAAAGGCUACAAUGGAAGGAAGGAAACUCAUUGUCUGCGGCCUUGCUGCAAAAAGAAUCACACCAAAGGUCAGCCAACAACCACAAGAAGAAGCAGAUGAUGCUGUGGCGGAGAUCACACGAGCAGAGUACCGGAGAUCUUUAGGCUACAGUCUUGUGCGCCUUGAGGAUGAUGAAGACAUCGCACCAGACUAUCGUAUAGCCAUCAAAAGGAUGAUCAAGGAGGAGCGACGUCUAGCACUGCAAAGAUAAUAAAUUUUGAGGGUUAUGCAAAUUUUGAUCAAAGGUUUGAACAAACUUUUGAACAACACUUUGAUCAAUUUUUUGAGCAACACUUUGAAAACACUUUUGAAGAUCUUUUAGUUGAGCAUGAAGAUCAGGAAGAAAGAAGAAAGGCAAGGAAGAAAAGAGUUUAUAUUGAAAGAGAGCGAGAAGUCGGCCACAACCGAUUAUGGAAUGAUUAUUUUGCUGAAGAUGCAAUAUACCCGGCAAAUAUUUUUCGACGACGUUUUCGAAUGAACAAACCAUUGUUCUUGCAUAUCGUUGAUCGGUUAUCCAAUGAAAUUCCUUAUUUUCAACAAAGGGCCGAUGCUACUGGAAGGUCUGGUUUAUCAGCACUUCAGAAGUGCACUGCAGCAAUUCGUCUCUUAGCCUACGGCACAGCGCUUGAUACAGUUGAUGAAUACAUCCGCCUCGGUGCAACUACGGCUCGUAAAUGUUUAGAACAUUUUGUGGAAGGAAUAAUUACUCUCUUUCAGGAUGAGUACCUAAGACGACCAACCCCGGAAGAUCUUCAAAGACUACUUGCUGUUGGAGAAGAAAGAGGGUUUCCCGGGAUGAUAGACAGCAUAGACUGUAUGCAUUGGGAGUGGAAAAAUUGUCCCACAGCAUGGAAAGGACAAUAUUCCCGUGGUACUGCGAAGCCCACCAUCGUUUUAGAGGCUGUAGCCUCAUAUGAUCUGUGGAUAUGGCAUGCAUUUUUUGGACCUCCAGAUACGUUAAACGAUAUAAAUGUGCUUGAUCGGUCACCAGUUUUUGAUGACAUCAUAAACGGUGAAGCCCCGCAAGUAACUUUUUCAGUCAACGGAAGGGAGUAUCAUUUGGCAUAUUAUCUUACAGAUGGUAUAUAUCCAAAAUGGGCUACAUUUGUCCAAUCUAUUAAACUUCCCCAGGGUCCAAAAGCAUCAUGUUUUGCUAACAGACAAGAAGGUUACCGAAAAGAUGUCGAGCGUGCUUUUGGAGUCUUGCAAGCUCGAUUUGCUAUUAUUAGAAAUCCGGCUCUUAGUUGGGACAAAGCGAAAAUUGGGAAGAUUAUGAGAGCAUGCAUCAUUCUCCACAACAUGAUAGUAGAAGAUGAACGAGAUGGAUACAGUUACAGUCAACAAAAUGUUUCUGAAUUCCAACAAGGAGAAGGAAGCGGAAAUGCACAUGUAGAUCUCUCAUAUUCUCCUGCAAAUACAAAUAUCGCUGAUAUGUUUGUUAGACGGACUAAAGUUCGGGAUAAAAAAAUGCAUGCACAAUUGAAAAAGGAUUUGGUUGAGCAUAUCUGGCAAAAAUUUGGAAGUAAUUAUUGAUUUAGAAGUUUUUAUUGCUAAACUUGUGUUGUUUUGAAU